UUUGCCUUCAGAAAAUCCGGCUGCGCUAUGCCCUUCAACUUACCAGGGCUGCUGGUCCCUUUUCAGCUCCUGUUCAACCCCAGACUUGUGCUCCCCGCACUGACGGUCAAAGACAUCCGCUACCUUGACUUUACGGCACUCCGAAAUGCGGGAUACCGAGGAGCAGUAUUUGACAAGGACAAUUGCUUGACUUUGCCGAGCCGUGACGGCUUAGUACCAGAACUCACGGACGCAUGGAAAGAGUGCCGAGAUGCGUUCGGCGAGGGGAACGUCCUGAUUGUCAGCAACUCGGCCGGGACAAAAUGGGACACGGCUCUCAUCCAGGCCGAGUCCGUUACCAACCAUCUUCGCGUCCCCGUACUCCGGCAUGCGUCUCUCAAACCCUCCUACCGCUGCAUAUCCGGGAUACGCACCUACUUCUUGUCCCUUCCCCGCCCUAUAGCGGACCACGAGCUUAUCGUCGUCGGAGACCGCAUCUUCACGGACGUCGUGAUGGCCAACCGGAUGAAACCCCGACGCGCGCAGACAACGCCGGAGACAAGCUCACCAUCGCCGGCCGAAAAGCAAGAUGCCGCCUCGUCGUUACCUUUCCCCCACCUCUCCAACCCUGAGAAGGCUAACGCGCCCUUGGUGCCGCUGCCAUCGGGACCGUUGGCGAUAUACACAUCGGGCGUGUGGCAACGGGAGAGCAUGGCCAUGCGUUGGGUGGAGAAGACCCUUAUCGAAUCCGUGAGGCGGUUCACGAAAGAGGAGCCAGACCGGGCAAUCGAGCACGCGUUCAUCAACCGAACCGCGGCGGAGAUGCUCGAGAGACAAGAACGGGAAAAUAAUAGCUGGAGGUCGCGGAUCCUCCGGACUUUCGGGCGCCGAUAACGGAUGCC